AUGGAUAAAUCUAAUACAUAUACUUCGGUCGUCUCUAGUUUAACCAAUAAUUUAGAACAUGAUAGACUUAGGCAUAGUAGACUACUGGCUUACAGUCGACAAUUACAGGAAGAAGAAAAUGAUGAUGAUGAAUAUGGUACACUCGUCAACAUUUAUCGUGAGCACAAGAGACAUUUAGAACAAGAUAAAAAAGCUCGCACGCAAUUGAAUAUCCAAGCUUUAGAUGAUGACGAUCUUUACGAGCCUGUACAGGAAACUUUUCUACGUAACUCAACUUCAUCAUCGAGAACAUCAAGUGAUGUUGAUAUGGGUCGUUGUUUGUCUUCUAGUUCUGGAAUUAACCCUUAUAAUGGAACUGUUGUAGAUGGAAUAUGGAAUUAUAAUUUUACGAAUGGUGUUAAAG